AUGGCGGAGCCUUGGCCGCCUUGUAUCAAGUCAAAACACUUGCAGGGCCAUGCUGUUCCCUGCCUGCCGGCUGCGCACGCCGCCUCGACGGCCAAAAGCCGCCUCCCUCUGAUCAAUCCCCUUGAGCAACAAACUUGGCACCUCAACCGCCCCUUCUAUUCCAUCUUCUACGACACCCGCCUGCCCGACAUGUUGGCAAAGAGGCACGAAGCGGCCCUCGCCCUCCACUGGACCUUUAGCUGCAUCUCCAUCUUCAUCAUGGCUGCGCGGCUCGUGUGGCGGAGGAGGGUGAGGCAGAGCUACAACUCGGGCGACUACCUCACCGUGCUGGCAAUUUUCCUCGUCCUCGUCCGCCUUGCCUUGGACCACGUCGUCCUGGUAUGGGGGACCGCCAACAUGCCCCCGGAGUUUCGCGAGGAGCACACGUUCACGUCGGAGGAGAUUGACCAGCGCAUCAUCGGGAGCCAGCUCGACCUCGCCAAUAGAAUCAACUAUAGUACAUAUCUCUGGACGCAGAAACUGGUUCUCUUUGACCUUCUCCGUCGACUCAUCCAAGACCUGCCAUUUCACGAUCUCGUCUCCCGAACCUAUGUGCUCGCCUUUACCUCGUCCUACAUCGCCGUCUUAGUCACCACGCUCGCCGAGUGUAGCCCUAUCAAGCUGAACUGGCAGGUCUUCCCUGACCCGGGUGACUGCAUCGAAGCGCAGCUGUCACUGCUCACGCUCGGCAUUCUCAACAUCGUGACUGACGUGAUGCUUCUCAUCCUUCCAAUUCCCAUCCUCGCCAUGUUGAGGGUCUCGUGGCGCCGCAAGGCCCAGCUGUACGGCCUCUUUGCCAUAGGCACCCUCAUCGUGGUUAUCACGGUUGUUCGGCUUCCAAUUAACGCCGCUCACAAGCACAGCAACGCCAACCGCUGCGCCUGGCUCAGUGCCGAGUUGUUUACCGUUACUGUUGCCGUUAACGCGCCUGCCUUGUAUGGGCUUUGGAAUCUCAGCCGGCGGCAAAGGCUGCAGUCGUGUGGGAUGAACCAAGGGCACAACAUUCCCCGGAAUCUCCAGUUAGGCAGUGUGAUCACGACUAUUGGCGGCACCGAAACAUACAAGAUGGCCAAGAGGCGCGAACCACCUGGCUGUAUUGUUCAGACCACCGAAGUCGUCAUCUCGCAUGCUCCCGACGGCGAGGCAAUGAAAAGCAAAGAGCAAUCGCCCUUGUCGGUAAUACUAAACGGCGCCUCAAGUCACUCUACUCAGACAGAUGCGUGGGACGUAUGA